UGUCUUAUGAAUGACAGUCGCAGUUUCAGGUUAUGUGACAUUGUGGCGGUGCAGGACACUAAAGCACUAAAGUGAGUUAAGUGUUUGGACUGCUGGUGUAAAAGCAGGUGAGAGAGAGAGAGGGAGGGUCUGUGGAUGAGAUGCGCCCCGGCUGCUGGUUUUACGUGGAGAGGAACGCGGCGUAUGGUUCUGUUUUCUGCGCGGUUGGUCUGUCUGUGUAGUUUCGUGGUCAGCUCCGUGGAUGAACUGUUGCUCUGUGAGUGAAAUUUGGAAUACUGACACAUCAAGAUACGUAUUUAUACACCGACAUAUCCUGGAGGAAUGUGUAUAACUUUAAAGAGCCUUUAAAGUUGCUCUGCUCCACCGGAAUCUGCUCCACCUGUAUCUGCUCCACCUGGACUUCUUUUUUUUUUUUUUUUAUUUCAAAGUGCCAAAGUUUACAGGUGACUUCUCUUGCGCAUGAUGUACACAAUAACAAGAGGUCCAAGCAAACUGGUCACCCAGCGACGGACAGGGCCCACUCAGCAGCUUGACAACAAAAUAAACGACUUCAAGCACAAACAAACGUCCUGGAGUAUCCCUGACCUUCCUGCACCCAAGAUAGUUUUCAGCCGUCCAAAUGGUAAGAAAUACCAUCACUCUGCUCCAACUCUGCCCGCAGACAACCAGCAGGAAGAGAGCUUCUCAGCCGCGCACGAGGAAAACGUCAGAUUUGUCCAUGAUGGCUCAUUCAGUCUCCGGGAGAGUUCAUUUGGCUCGGCUGUUCUUACUUUCUGUGUGCUGUUGGUUGCUGGCGUUGAAGCUCAGUUGCAGAAGCUCAUAAACAACUUCAGUGACCUUUUCUUUGAGUGGACAAGGACACAAAGGCCCCAAACCGCCCCCCACCCCCCCUCCAGAGAGCUGUUCAGGGUCGAUUCAUUCUCUUUUACUCUCUGAAUACCUUCAAUGCAUGAUAUAAACAAACUUAACCAUUUACGUUUUCUGAAAGUCAUGACCCGAAGGCAGUGACAUGAGAUAAAAUCAAUCACACACACACACACAUGCACACACACACACACCACUACAUGUGACCAGUCCACAUGCUGCAUCAUUUAAAAUACAAACGUUUGCCAGGAGUGGCAGGCCUUUGAAGCAGCUGCCCUUGUGGACUUUACGUGGUUGACUCUGUGGGUGUGAAGCCGGGGUGCAGAAAAUUUUUACUUGGCAGAUAAGGACUUUCGCGUUAACCCACUAAUUACAUGUGAAAUACUUUGUCCAUGACUUCAUAUUAUCAUUAUUUAUUUAAAAUGUUGAAUUAAUUGUGUCACCUGUCUUAUCAACAGGAUCUCUUGUUAAUGAGAAGUGUAAUAAAACAAAUUAGGGACAUUCAGUUAAGUCCGCAGCUAAAGCUUAUGUUAGCUGUGAUAAUAACGG